AUGGAAAAGUUUUCUGCAUGGAGAGACAAGGCAACUGGUAUAUCACCAUUCAUGCCAACCAAGUUUCCUCUUGUACAGGAACCACUGGCUGUUAAGAGACUUGGAUCAUAUACUUUGAAAACACCAAUCUUUAUUGUCAAAUUUCCGUUCUUUGUGCUUGCAUAUUUGUUAUAUACAUUAACUAGAUGGAUCGGAUUUGCCAAGUUUGUCAUCCAAUUGCUAUUCGGAUUGACCACGACCUUUACCGUAGAUGGGGUCAAGAAGUCACAGACCGAAAAGUUGGAACAAUAUAAACCAAAAGCAGGUGAUGUUUUAGUGACUAAUUAUAUUAGUCCAUUAGACGGAUUUAUUGUGUCUGUAUUGGCAAACAGUUCCAAUACCGUGUUUUUAAUUCCAAACAAACAAGGAACCUUGUAUCAGUAUUCUGCAUUGGAAGUUUUCAACCAUUGUUUUAGUUAUGAGGAGAGUAAACCAGUUGAUGAUUUGAGCAAGUUGAAGAAUAAAAUUGUUGUGUUGUUGUUGGAAGGAACACCUUCAAAUAACAAGUCGUUGUUGCCUUUCAUUAAAUUGGACAACAAGUACAAUUUUGACGGGUUCAAUGUCAAGUCGCUAGUGUUGAAGCUUAGUCCAAGCUACUUUACAUUGCCAAUUCCAUAUCUUGGUAAGUUCCAAUACUUGUUCCAAUUGUUGACAAACUUGAGUAAAUGUCUGAUCAAGAUCAAGAUUUACAAGUUUGAUAAAUUUGACUUGAACCAAAUCAAGAAUUCAUUUGAAUUGAAUGCUUUGACUUUGAUUAACCAAGAAUUGAAUUUGGAUUCGAAGCAGAGGUUUAUUAAUUACUACUUUGAUCAUAAUAUAAAGAAAGAUAUAUAG